UUUUUUUGAAUGCAAUAGUAAUGAAUUGCAUAAUAUUAAAUGGGGGUGUCUGUGCAGAGUGAGGCAUCAGAAGAGAAGCGAGGAGGAGGUGGAGUGCGGGUGAGUGCAAGGCAAGGCAAGGCAAGGCAACGGAACGUUUCGAGUUUGGCACAUGGACGAAGUGAUGACCAUGGCGGACGUGACGGCGAGCACGCAUUCAGCUUCCACCCCUUCCUCCCUCCCUUCCAAUCUCCCUCUCUUCUCCGCCUUCCUCUCCUUCGCUCUCGCCCAGUUCCUCAAGAUCUUCACCACCUGAUAUUCAGGUAUAAGGAAAAGAGAUGGGAUUCUAAAAGGUUGCUUGAUUCGGGUGGAAUGCCUUCUUCACAUUCUGCAACGGUGUCCGCUCUGGCUGUUGCUAUUGGUCUCCAAGAAGGGGCAGGCUCACCUGCUUUUGCUGUUGCCGUCGUCUUGGCGUGUAUUGUUAUGUACGAUGCUUCGGGAGUUAGACUUCAUGCCGGUCGGCAAGCAGAAUUGCUUAAUCAAAUUGUGUGCGAACUACCUCCAGAACAUCCUUUGUCCAAUGUCAGACCUCUGCGUGAUUCACUUGGUCAUACUCCGCUUCAGGUUGUUGCCGGUGGCAUAUUGGGGUGCAUUAUAGCACUUUUGAUGAGAAAAUCAAAUUAAGUGCCAUGUGAUAUGAUGUGAUUGAUACUAAUCCUCUACCUUGUCACAAAUGUCGGUGCUUGACCAAAUUGAGAGCAUCAUGAAAAGGGCAUACAAGCCUGCAGUUGCAAAUAUGCAAGUGACUAUGUGAGUAAAGUGCGUUCAGGGUUCACCUGGAGAUCCUGCGUCCUGACUUUUGGACAUUCAGACUUCUCUUGUACACAUUAAUUAAUCUGUUGGUCAAUUCUGUCUUAAUUGAUCGUAACACAAUUUCAGAUCAUACUAGCUAUUCUUUGACUUGUUAAUUUCCACCUAUUGUUGCAAGUCGAAACAUGAAAGGCAUUUGAAGUUGCAUUUUAUGUUUCAUCCUUAAGUAGAUUAAGCUUAAUGUUUCUCCAUGCAUUUGACAGUUGUGACUUUCAAGAUUUUAUAUAUAUACUUAUUGUGAGUGAUUUUUCA